ACACACGACUUUGACCUGCCCAGUCAGGGAGUUCAGAAUGCUGCUCCUCUACCACAUUCUAGCCGUGACCAUCCUUCAGAUCUUGGUCAUCUCAGAAAACUGGGUGUUUGCUAAGAACAUCAACUUCUACAAUGUGAGGCCCCCUCUCGACCCCACGCCAUUCCCAAACAGUUUCAAGUGUUUUACUUGUGAAAAUGCAGGGGAUAAUUAUAACUGCAAUCGAUGGGCAGAAGAUAAGUGGUGUCCGCAGGACACACAGUAUUGUUUGACAGUUCAUCACUUCACCAGCCAUGGAAGAAGUACGUCCAUCACUAAAAAGUGUGCCUCAAAAAAUGAAUGUCAUUUUGUUGGCUGCCGACAUAGCCGAGAUUCGGAACACACGGAGUGUAGGUCUUGCUGUGAAGGAAUGAUCUGCAAUGUAGAGUUGCCCACCAACCAUACAAAUGCAGUCUUUGCGGUGAUGCACGCGCAGAGGACAUCUGGCAGCAGUGUCUCCAAUGUCCCCAGACCCUAUCUCCCAGUGCUGGCCUGGCUCUUCAUGCUUCCCUUGCUGUGAUAUUGCUGUCCCCAAGAGAAGCAGAGACCAUCAAUGUAAAGCACAGAAACAGUGGACCAGCGGACUCUGGAGCCAAGAUCCGUCUUGCACUUGAUAAAGAAGAUACUUUGGACUGCAAAGUAGAAGGCAAAGGUUUGCUUUGCUGAAAUGCUCCUGCAUGGGGUCACAGCACUGGGCAUGAGGACUUGGAGCCAAGAGGACUACAUAACUUCCAGUGUCCUGGUCUACGGAUGCUGCAUUCUGUCAGCUC